AUGGCUACGAAAUUAUUAUCACGCUACCCGUGGGCAUCGGGCCCAUUUAUCAUCAGCGCGCCAAUGCGUGUCAUGUCCGGCCCAGCAUUGGCCGUCGCAGUCUCACGCGCCGGCGGCUUGGGCUUCAUUGGACCUGGUAUCAAAACUAAAGACGUGGGCAUUGAUCUUGAAGAAGCUUCAGCCAUGGUCAAGAAAAUACGCGCCUCAUCACCCGUGUUCGACUCUCUACCAUCCAAAAACGCCCUUCUACCCGUUGGAGUCGGCAUCCAGCUUUGGGCCGACGAUUUGAAAGAUGCUAUCUCCGCGAUUGAGAAGUUUAAGCCUUGUGCAGCCUGGUUAUAUGCUCCCCGUGAUGAUCCGGAAGAUUACGUGAAGUGGUCGCAUCAUAUUCGCCAAGCAUCGCCAGAAACCCAAAUCUGGAUACAGAUCGGGACCCUGGGAGAAGCAAAGCAACUUCUACAAAUAGCGCAGAAGCCCGAUGUUAUUGUCGUGCAAGGGUCUGAGUCAGGCGGCCACGGUCGGGCGAAGGAUGGAAUGGGACUUGUGUCGCUGUUUCCUGAGAUAGCAGAUGCGGUUGCGGCAAGUCAGAUUCCUUUGGUCGCGGCUGGAGGAAUUGCUGAUGGACGAGGAGCCGCGGCUGUAUUAUGUCUGGGUGCUUUCGGGGUGGUGUUGGGGACUCGGUUCCUGGCUGCGGAAGAAACACGCAUUAGCAAGGGGUACCAGAAUGAGGUUGUGCGGGCGUCGGAUGGUGGUGCGAAUACAACACGAACACUGCUCUAUAAUCAUCUCCGCGGUACAUUUGGGUGGCCAGAUGCCUACAGCCCGAGGACAAUCAUUAACAAAUCAUUCAUUGAGCAACAGGAAGGCGCUUCGUUUGACGAGCUCAAGGGUCUUCAUGAUGAAGCUUUAAAAGCUGGCGAUGAUGGAUGGGGGCCAGAUGGGAGACUUGCCACGUACGCUGGUGCUUCUGUUGGCUUAGUUCACAGUGUGGCCAGUGCCGAGGAUAUUGUGCGAGAAGUUCAGAGCGGUGCUCUGGAGAAGAUUCAGUCAUUGGGAUUCUACAGUGCCUAG